AUGGCUCCCACGCCUAUGGUAAAUGGUCGCACAGAUAAAUCAUCCAAGAAACAAAGCAAGAUAGUUGUUCUUGCUGUCCCUCCAUCAAUAUUGAAGAGAUUCGUUCCCAAGAAACAGUCUCCUCCAACUCCAUCACCACCACCAGCACCAAUGGUCGCUGAGGUACCUCAUUUGGAGCCCAUGGCAUCGCAAGAGAACAACUCAGAAUCGAACUCGACGCCUGCCCCAGCCCAUGACAUGUUGACACUUAAUGGUACGACAAAACAAAAGGGCUCCGCCACAAAUGGCGUGAAAAGGUCGACUCCCAUGCCAGACAGCAUGCAGAAACCAAGGGGCAAGCCAGGUCCGAAAAAGAAACCAAGACUAGAAGACGGCACCAUAGAUCAUAGUGUCAAACCGGCCGCAACUACCACCGCCAACCACAAACUCGGUCCCAAGGCAAAUACUGGCUUUAUCAACGCCAAUCUACGUGCACUUGACAGGUCGGGGACUCCCUGCCGACGAUGGGAGAAGAAAGGAUUCACAUUGAAAAGCUUUACUGGCCAUGCUUGGGAAUUACCAAGCUGGAAAGGUUCCGACAAGUCGGCAUUUGCCGACAGGGCUUCGGAUUCGUCCACAAAAGACAUUUCCAUGAGCAGCGAUCAAAAGCAUAGCGAAAGCGACACCGCUGCUGGCAGCAAUGCCGGCGACCGUACUGAAAAGAUGGAUAUCACAACGCCUACUCCUAGCUCACCACCAACGAUGCUGCCUCGAACUGCACACGAACCUAUACUUACGCGGACCUAA